GAUAACAAAGACGGAUAAGAAGCCCGAAGCGAGAGAGAGAGGGGGCGAGCAAAAAGCUCAUUCGAUAAUGGCGACUCUGCAAUUCACUGACUGCUCCAAGCCAGUGAUCUUGUUGAGGUCCUUCACCUCUAUCUUCUCCAAUUCUCGUCGGCGCCAUUGGCGAAAAGCUCAAGCUCCUGCUCGUUUCAUUCCCAAGGCUUCCCUGCAGCAAUUCUCGCUCAAUCGGCGGCGCCUCAUUGCUGAGACUGCUACGAUUUCGCUGUCUAUACCCUCAUUAAUUGGAUUUGAACAACUGGCCAGGUCCGAAGAAGCACUGUCGGAGUGGGAAAGAGUUUACCUUCCUAUAGACCCCGGUGUUGUACUCCUUGACAUCGCUUUUGUGCCCGAUGACUUGAACCACGGAUUUCUUCUGGGAACCAGGCAAACCAUUUUGGAGACAAAAGAUGGUGGCAACACUUGGAUACCCCGUUCAAUAUCCUCAGCAGAAGAUGAGGAUUUUAAUUAUAGAUUUAAUUCAAUCAGUUUCAAAGGGAAGGAAGGAUGGAUAGUGGGAAAACCAGCAAUCCUGCUGUACACUUCCGACGCGGGAGAGAGCUGGGAAAGGAUACCACUUAGCGCUGAACUUCCUGGAGAUAUGGUAUACAUAAAGGCAACUGGUGAGAAGAGUGCAGAGAUGGUGACUGAUGAAGGUGCAAUUUAUAUUACGUCAAACAGAGGUUACAAUUGGAGAGCUGCAGUUCAGGAAACUGUGUCAGCUACUCUUAAUAGAACAGUUUCUAGCGGUAUUAGUGGUGCAAGCUAUUAUACUGGAACCUUUAAUACUGUCAAUCGCUCACCAGACGGAAGAUAUGUUGCGGUCUCUAGUCGUGGAAACUUCUACUUAACCUGGGAACCUGGCCAGGCGUUCUGGCAGCCACAUAAUAGAGCAGUUGCCAGAAGAAUACAAAACAUGGGAUGGAGAGCUGAUGGUGGUCUUUGGCUUCUGGUUCGUGGAGGGAGCCUCUACCUGAGCAAGGGCACUGGGAUAACUGAAGAAUUCGAGGAGGUUCCUGUUCAAAGCAGAGGUUUUGGCAUUCUUGAUGUGGGGUAUCGCUCAGCGGAGGAGGCUUGGGCAGCAGGAGGAAGUGGUGUUCUGUUGAGAACUACCAAUGGUGGCAAGUCAUGGACCCGUGACAAAGCCGCUGAUAACAUUGCUGCAAAUUUAUACUCAGUGAAGUUCAUUAAUGAUAAGAAGGGAUUUGUGCUGGGGAACGAUGGAGUCUUGCUUCGCUAUCUUGGAUAAAAUUCUAAUUUAACAUGAAUACAUGUCCGCCCUUAUCAUCCGUUGCUGUGGAGGAAGUUCUGAACUGGAGUCAAGUUAGUGCAGGUUCUGCCCAGAAACCUUAAGUAAGACAAAAGAAAAACAAACUUCUGCUUUGUAUUAGAUUAGUUCAGUUCAAUUUCCACUGCAAUGGUUACUUUAUUAUUUUGGAAUGCAAUUCCACGUCAAUGGUGCUGUACUGUAGAGAGGAUACAAUUAGUGGCGAAGUUAAUGACUGAUAGAGGUCAUUCCUAGUCAGCAUAAAAACUUGCGGGUGUUACAUACUCACACGGUUUUUGUUUGAAUAUUGGUUCCUUUGCACCGGGUUAUUCCAAUCAACAGUACUUUUCUCUUCCUAACAUUUCAAUAUAAAUUACAUUUAUUUUUAGUUUA